AUGUCAAUUACAAAGUCCAAUAUUCAAUAUCCUUUAUGCAAAAAAGAAUGUAGUGAAACAAUUGCGACAUCAACUCUACCAGAAAUAUAUAAUGAAGAUGGAUACAAUAUCAACAGUGCAAUUACAAUAGCACCAUUCAAUGACAACCACAAGAAAUUCUAUCUGCAUAGUGCAACCACAAUGACGUCGUCAUGCAAUAAUACCACCGAUCGAGCUGUGACGGCCAAUGAAGAAGAACAAAUAUGUUUGCCGAAUAUCGAAGACGAAAUCACUACUAUUGGUGUCAACACGUUAGAUGAAAGUGUAAAUAGUUUUGUGAAAAGUGAGACAUCGACUUUUUCACCAGGAAAUUCAUACCUCUGUUUUAAUUUCACAUCUAAAUUUCCCAACCAUGUUUCUAAUGGGACAGGGUUAUCUCAUGUUUAUUCGGUUAAUGGUAGACAUGAUGUCCAGCAAGAUAAUAGAAGUGUGGUGGAUUUGUCGUAUCAGUUGAUCAGCCAAUAUUUGGGUGAAGCUAAGGAAACGUCCCUUGUGCCGAGGUUGACGACGAUUGAGAUGUAUCGAGAGAAUGUGAAGAAAUCCAAAGAUAUCCGGGUAUUAUUUGGGUUUGCUCAGUAUAUUUUGCAAAUGGCAUUGACAAUUGAGAAUUCUUCUUCUAUAAUUGAUCCUAACAAUCAAAAGUCUCGAGAAGAAUUGAAAGAGCAAUUUUUAAAAGAGGCCAAGAAUUAUUUGAAAAAACUGAGUGUGAAAGGGUAUGUGGAUGCGCAAUAUUUGCUCGGAGAUGCGUAUGCGUCGGGUGCUAUUAACAAUGGUAAAGUGAAUAAUAAAGAAUCAUUCCAAUUGUUCCAAAGUGCUGCGAAACAUGGACAUAUUGAGAGUGCGUAUCGUACUGCGUAUUGUUAUGAGAAUGGACUUGGUACGACCAAGGAUAGUCGGAAAUCGUUGGAUUUCUUGAAGUUUGCAGCCAGUAGGAACCAUCCUAGUGCGAUGUAUAAACUUGGGUUAUAUAUGUUUUAUGGCCGGAUGGGGUUUGAUCCGGCGGAUAUCAAUAGUAAAUUGAAUGGUAUCAAGUGGUUGAGCCGUGCUAGUGCCAGAGCGAAUGAGUUGACGUGUGCUGCGCCGUAUGAAUUGGCCAAGAUAUACCAACGAGGGUUUAUUGAUGUUGUGUUACCUGAUGAAAAAUAUGCUACGGAGUUGUAUAUACAGAGUGCCACGUUGGGCCAUGUGAAGUCGUGUACUGUUCUUGGUGAGAUAUACGAGACUGGGAAUGUUGCAGUGAAGAGAGAUAGCAACCUGAGCAUACAUUACUAUACCCAGGGGGCGUUGCAGGGGGAUCCCAAGGCGAUGCUGGGAUUGUGUGCAUGGUAUUUGGUUGGUGCAGGGGAUAAUUUUGAAAAAGAUGAGAAUGAGGCGUUUGAAUGGGCGUUGAAGGCAGCCAAUUGCGGGUAUGCCAAGGCUCAAUACACAGCAGGGUAUUUCUACGAGAAGGGUAAAGGAUGUGAUAGGGAUGAGGUGAUGGCAAGGAAAUGGUAUGAAAGGGCGGCAAAGAACAAGGACGAGCGAGCAAUGGAGAAAUUGAAAUCUUCUUGCUAG